UUGGCAGCACUGCCAUCGGAACGCGCACUUUGUUUUGCUGCCAUUUGACAGGAAGGCAAAGGCGAAGAAGAAAAAGAAAAUCCUCCACACACAGAGAGAGGGAAGUCCUACAACACAAUCAAGAUGCAAGUGCAUUUCGUUCGUUUGCACAGCUCCCAGGCUGAGCCAACAAUGUGUGUAAUCAAUUAACAGUCCAGUCCGUUCGCGAAAGAAACCCAUAAUACGGUCACCAUCCGAAAAGUGACGGAAUUUGCAGUGCAUUUCUUGGAAUGUCGUGUGUGUUUUGUUGAACAGGUUCACGUAAAAUGAUGUGAUUCAUCAUCGAUACGGUGCUGCUCUAGCAGCCAACUAUCGAUACGCGCAGUGUGUUGUUGGUUGAAGACGGGUGCAUUUUCCAGGGCAGAUUAAAAAGUUCCGAUUCCUCGUCGCUCACGCCCAGCAGAUAGAGAGAAAAAAAGGAAGUCAUAGCAAUAGCAGGCGGGUAGAACAUACCGUUGCGCUGGCAAAGUGGCUAGAUGGUGAUGGUUAAUGGUGCCAUGCUCUGUGGGAGUAGUUGUGUGUGGUGGUGUCCGUGUGUGGGUUGAUCCUGCGAAGCGCGAGCAUACUUGUUGUGUCGUCACAGUGGUCAACAACCACCGUGUGGACGAAAGGUCCUUUUUCGUGAGCAAAUACUUCUAUUAUUGAAACGUAGGUGGCGACGACGUACACUUUGUCGAUGAGUGACAGCUUGGAAGAUAGUCCACUGUCGGACAAUAGGAUGGACAUAUCGGAGAACACGACCUCGCACGGAUCAUCGCCUCCGCUGCACGUGGAAGGCUCGCCGGAUUAUUCGCCCGAGCACGAACCCGAUGGCAUAACGAGGAAGCAACCGCUGCUGCUGCCACCGGCUCUGUGCCAAACGGACACCGAGCUGGGCAAUGGCGUAGAACCUCACACCGAUUCUCGCAGCGCAACGACUGGCGGCGCCACGACGGAAUCGAUGGAGAUUCAUAAGCUGUCUGCUAACAAAUCGCCUUCCAUCGUAUCAUCAUCGGCCCGGGUAACAUCAUCGACCGGCCUGACGCCCGUCAGCAGCCAUCCGCUGAUGAUGUCACCGACCGGCAGUGAAUCAGACGUGUCGGAGUUGAUAGUCGACGCACGGCAGCCAGCGGGGUGCCGCCGGGAGCCUACCGUGCGUAACUAUUACCACUAUCCGGACGUAGUGCCGGCGAGCGAGCAGCCACUACGGCUAGCCAGCCCGUACGCCAACCGUCGCAGUGGGGAGAAGAAAGACACCGGAUCGAUGCUAGCAGCCGAUGAGAAGCGUUCUCACGUAGCCAUGGUGACGACGCCGGCAAGGCGCGCUAAAGGCUCACCAGCGAAACGAUUGCCGGCCCGGGUGGACGGUUCGAAGACAGUGGCGGCCACCUCAACGCUCGACGUUAUAAACAAUGCCAUCCAUAGGGGUGCAGAAAGUGACACGAACGACGGUGUUUCACCGGUGCGCCAGCGAGCCACCGAGGAGGGUGGGUCGGAUUUUUUUAGCACCGAAUCGGAAGGAGAAGACCCAUACGAUGAGGAAGAUGUCUCGCUGUUUCAAGCUUCCGUUACGCCAACGUUUCAAUCGGUGGCACUGCACGCGUCCCCACCCCCGUCCGACGGUCCGUCCCCGACCGGUGGCCAGCCACGAAAGCCGAAGCAACACUCGAAAUCGAUCUCACCCCGUUUGCACCAGCGCCGCAAAGUACCACUGCCGAGCGAUCUGCUCGUUGAUGACGUUAGCUCGAUGGAAGAUACGCUUUCGAACCAGAGCGUGGACGAGCUGCAGCAGAACCUGGUGUCGCUCAGUCCCUCUUCCUCCAUAUUGGACGAUAACGGGUUUAAUGUGGACAUUGAUGAAGAUUUUCUCGAUCUGCCCGGUACGCCGAAGGCAACCGGGUUGUCGGUCGACGGUUCCGGGCAUGAUGUGGUGGCGGUGGGACAUUCCACAACCUUACCCCAGUAUUCGGCCCGGGAGGAAGCCCGUGAUAUACGGAACUGGCAGAAGAUUACGCUUCCGGAUGGAAAAACGCGCGAAAUCGAUAUGAAGGUGAUUGAACCGUACAAGUGUGUGCUGUCGCACGGAGGCUAUCUGCAGGCGGGUGGACACAAUGCGAUCGUCGUGUUUAGUGCGUGCCAUCUGCCGGAUCGUUCGCGAGCGGAUUACCAUUACGUGAUGAACAAUUUGUUUUUGUACGUAGUUAAAACGUUGGAGCAGCUGGUGACGGAGGACUACGUGCUGGUAUAUCUGCAUGGUGGUUCGAGCCGCGGGAAUGUACCUCCCUUUCCGUGGUUAAAAAAAUGUUACCAGCUGCUUGAUCGACGGCUGAGAAAAAGCCUUCGCAAUCUUUACAUGGUACAUCCGACCUUUUGGCUAAAGAGCGUCGUUUGGAUGGCACGACCAUUCAUUAGUUCAAAGUUUUGGCGAAAGCUCGUGUACGUUACUUCGCUCGAAGAGCUGUACAAGCUCGUACCGGUGGAAAAGGCGGCCGUCCCGGACAAGGUGAAAAACUACAAUGCUCGGUAAAGUAAUACGUUUGCAUUACGUGAAGGUGUCGUUAUGUUUUGGGUUUUUCAGUUCAAGAAAAAGAAAGGACUGGUUCUCUUUAGUUUAGUGUACGUUUGUUUGUCCUAUUUGUUUCGAGAGCAGAAAGGAAAAGGAAGCAGAUCUCUUCUGUAUGUUUUGUCUGUUUUGUGUUUACAAAAAUAAUAUCUUUUGGUUAUGGGGAUUGGAAAGCAGUAAUCGAAUACGCAAAACAUGUCUGGUGCCGUCUUCUGUGAGACUAUGCACAUAAUCGAUAAAACAAGCAAUGCUAUCUAUAAGCUGUAGUUGAAAUGAUGAUAAUGCAGGGCAAGAUGUAGCAAAUCAGAUCAGAGAAGCCCUGCGUAGAACGUAGAUCUUGCACACUACCGGUAGAUAUGGAAAGCACUUCAGCCAUCAGUCCGUCAGGCCACUACUACUAGCGCCAAGGACGACACUAUCAAUCAAACGAAUGUGUAGAAUAGAAUUCGAACUAAACGCGGGCCUGGCGGUGCCCUUAACCUUGUCCUUUGGGUAGUUGAAAGGCGCGCUGUUUACGCGUGUCUUUCAAAGGAUCCAGGUUCCAGGAACCGAACGGGAUGCUAAGAGAAGCGAUGAGUAUUAUUAUCGAGAUUAGUAGUAUUGUGAACGCAUAUCGAACUGCCUAAAGAAUGGGAUACAUUCUUCUGAUCUCUCGGUUAGUGUGUAGUGUACAAACCGGCUUUUUGGAUGUUAGCGUGUGCAAGUCCUAAGCAGAAAGAAAACGAGAUGGAACGAUAAAUUUCUAUUUGGUUUAGAGACCGAUACUGUAGGCGCAACUGCUUCUCGUCGUUUAAUUUUCUGGUUUAAAUAUCUCUUUACAAGAAUCUUUGUUCAUACUUACGAAACUCGCAUAUACAAGGAAUACAAAAUAACAAAAAGACACGCAUUACCAAAAAUUUAAAGUUCCCUUACGGGAUGGAACUGCCUGCCUGAACGUUAGUGUUAGUGUGAGAAACGGCAUCACGUUACCCAAAUAAGGAACGGUGCGUUUAAGAAGAAGGAAAGGAAAUAUAAUGAUAAUAACUAUUUUUUUCUAAAAACACAACAUAAAGCAAUGCAAAAACAAUAACAUAAGCCCGGAAAGGGGCAGCCGCAAGCUCCGGCAAAUAUUGGUUGAUCGUCAACGGAUCGUCGUUGUCAGUCGCUGUUUGUAAAGGCAGCGGCAGUUACACUGUGUACCUAGUUUAAUGCGAGAACGAUUUCCACAAAUCCAUGCCCGGUAAUGAUUUCAUAUUGGUAACUUACAUGUAUAUCUCAUAACAAAGCAUUAUCACUAAAUUGAUGCGAAUAAUCCGUAUCGCGUGGAGAGAGAGAGAGAGAGAGGGAGAGCGUACAGUAUUGUUUUGUGGAAAGGGACGUAUCGCAAUGUGUGAAAUAUUUUUCCAACACGGGAAAAAAAGUAUUUAAAAAAGCGUAGCUUGUUCUACGCUGUGAGGCGGGAAAUGGGUGAAAACUAUGUGUUGUUAUUGAAUUGUUGAAAAUGACCAAUAUUUAGACAGGUACGGUAGGAAAGUAAAGCUGAUUAACGUUCUUAUUUGGACCUAACUCGUUGCAGCUGUUUCAAAACAGCGGCUCAGAUUUCGGCAAAAUAAUCCAUCGACAAACGAAAAAACGGUCCAGUACAAAAUCAUACCCUUGACUGCUACUGAAAACUAUUAGGCAAAAAUAAUGCUCCAUGCAGACAACUAAAGGAGAGAGUAUUCUUGUUCUUCGUUUGUAUGAGCACGCAACAAUGCUUUGUGAAGAUAGUCCAAUCGGUUUAGGGAUAAUCACGUCGAGAGUGUAGUGUAUAGUGUGAUGAAACGAGCAGCAUUUACAUAUACUAAAUGUUCGUACAGUGUGAGUAGUAUUGAAAAAAAAAAACGGGUGGAAAACAGAACGGUGCGUUGUAAGGCAAACCAGCUGUUAGGAGGUAACUUUCUGCUGAGUUAAUGCUCCCCAUUCGGUUAUGAUCUGCAUCUAGUAAGGAUUUCGUUCGUGGUAAAAAAAAUGUGUCCCGAAUUGUCCCCAUCAACCAUUUCGUCUGUGCAAUACGCGAUCGCUCCGGUGCAAUCCGAUGGUGCUAUCUGUGUGUCGAUCUCAGUUUUUCUUCACCUUUACGUCUUACUGUAAGUUACGCCUAGAUUGGUGCUGUUCCAGUACACAUAGAUUUGAUUCGUUUGCUUUAGGUGAAUUUUAACAUAAAGCCACCGAUCAAAGCUUACCUCCUAAUAAUGCGUGCUACGAUCUCAACGGGAGCAAGACUAUGUAUCGUGAAACCGUGAAAAUAAACCUCCUUAAUUGUAGUGUUCACGCAGA